GGCCCUUGCAAACCCACAGAUAAGGAAUUUGCCAGAACUCUAUUUCUGGUAAGAUGUAACAAGGUUGCGAAAGCAUUGGAGUGGCUGAAGCUAAACUACGACAAUUACAUAGACUUGAACAAAUCCUAUGACAAUCUCAAUAGCUAUUCAGAGAAUGUUCCUCCAGUCAUUGUAGACUACCAUGAUGGAUAUAUGAACAAGGCUCCAGAAGCUACGGCAGUAAAUGACCUUGAAAUGAAUGAAGGUACCAUUGACGGUCCCUGUCCAUUCACCAUUCAUGGUCUUACCAGGGAUGUGUAUGUCAACCUCCUCGAUGACAAUUAUCAGUUGAUAAGGGCAAAGGCUAUUCAUCAGUUCAGAAAAAGCAAGGUUCUGGGUGUCGGCCAGCAACAAAAUUCUCAAAGCUUAUAUCACAACCCUCAGCUGUAUCCUCAGAUAUUC